AUGGCACUCCCAAUCCUUGACCACAUCGCCAUCCUGGUCUCCUUUCAGACCCUCCAAACCGUCACCGACCAACUCAAAGACUCCCUCAUCGUCAUCGACGGCGGGGCUCACGCCGACGGGCUCACCGUCAACAAACUUAUCCACCUCGCCGACGGCACAUACAUUGAAUUCAUCGCCUUUGUCGAAGGUGUAGACCCAGAAAAGAGACGCGCUCAUCGCUGGGGAAACCUCGAGGAGGGAAAGAUUGCAGACUGGGCGCAUACGCUGCAUUCCGAGGCCGACUAUGUGCAGCUUCAGAAGCGUGUCGCUGAUGCUGCUGCGGGUGUCACGUAUAGCGAUCUCGUUCCGCUGCAGAGACACAGGCCGGAUGGUGUUCUUAUGAAGUGUCUUGUUUCGGUUGCUCUUGAUUCUGAGGGGAAACGUGUGUUCCCCGCUACGGUGCCGUUUUGGUGUGUUGAUGUUACUGAGAGACAUCUUCGGUCGCCGUUCAAGGGAGAGGAUGGACCUCACGAGUACACCAAGCAUCCUUCUCACGCCAAGGGUCUCUCACGGAUUACAGUUCUACUCCCGGAGAAAGAAAUCUCGACUUAUAAGCCAGUCUAUGACGCCAUUCACAACUCAGUCGCUGCCUCAGAGGCGGGAGUGUUCUCCUGGCCUUAUGAGCUUCCUGCUGGACUUAACCCUGGGAGCAACCAAGUUGCUUUGUCUAGUCUUUCGAAUGGGGGCAACAAGGCUGAGGUUAGGUUGACGUUGUUGGGCACGAAGGAGAGCCCCAAGUCGAUUGAGCUGCUUCCUGGAUUGGUUCUUGACUUUGAAGCCGCUGCAUAG